GCUCCAGGUUCUCAUAAUUUCCAAGGUACACCCCACGAACCCCUGAACCACCUGAACAACACUCGACCCUCAACAUUCUCAAUCUCACAGCACUCGCAAUCACGACGUUGUAGACAUGAAAGCGCCAACAAAGCCUGAUUAUCGUUCGGAGGCCACGCGGGCCGCAUGGAAGACUCUUCGAGGCCUGCAUAAACAGAUCAAGGAAGCCGACGAGCGAAUCGAAGACUGCUUGGAUGAUGUAGACGCGGAUUUGGACGACGAAGAGCUACUCCGGAUCCGUAGAGACAAGAAGCGUUUCGUGAAACAGUUUGACGACAUAGUAACCCGAUGCGAGCAAAAAGAGCUCAGAAAGUUGGCAGAUGCGAUCAUGCAGCACUGCGUGCCCCACCUCCGCUAUAUGAUCUAUGAGUACUUGUGUUGUGAAGAUGGACCCAUUCUCAUUCCCAACCGCGGCCAUGCCUUUUUCCAUGAGCAUUAUGGACCAGCGGAGGUGUCGUAUAUCGCGUCAGGUGAGAGUCUGAGACCACGAGAGUAUGAAGACGAAGAAGAAGAUAUCAGAUACGAGUUAGACGCCUUAAGACGUCAACCCAUCUUCGACCCUAAGUGGGUAGGCGUAGAUAUGGCGAAAGAGACGACGAACCUAUGGCUGGAAAAGAACGAGUUUCAUUUUCGUGAUGCACGCCGCCUCAUGUGCGACUUUCUCACGACGCCGUUUGCGUGUGGCUCUGUUCCCAAGGACCAUCUCAGCAAUAUCACUAUCUUCGUCCGAUGUGAAGAUUUUCUAGAGUGGGCCGGCUGGGACGGGGCGGGUGAUGACGAGGGAGAAGUCCCAGAAGAGGAUUUUAAGUGGCGAGAAAAAGGCGUCUACCACUCCAAGAUUCGCAAGGAAUUGCCCACGUGGUCGCUCAUACCAUUCAAGAGGCAACCAAAAGUCACAUUUGUGAUUGUCACACCCUUUGGCCGAUGGGGCGCGGAAACCAUCGAUGUACCGCGCAUUAUGUUGAACUUUGAGGAAGCGAUCUUGUCAAGCUAUGAGUAUUUCAAGAGAAAGGGGUCCGCAGUAACGGUCGUGACAAAGCCGAUCGGUGCAUGCGAGUCCCUCCUAAAAUGGACAGAAGACGAGGAUGUCACUUGGCAACUUGAGCUGGCAGCUGAGUUAUAUCUACGUGGACAGCCUUCGCAUGUGCGCGCUAUCACGCACUUUGUUUAUCCGAAUCGUGGGUCGAAGAAAACACCGCAGCGGCUUCAGCUCGAAAAGCGUGUCAACGAAGUCAUGGCGCCCCUAAUUAAGCGGAAGGAAGCCGAAUUUAGGAAGCUAUUGGAGGAGGAGGAAGCUGAAUUCGAAAGGAGCCUGAACAGAAGGUUUAGAAGCUAGAGAUCUAGUGAAGCAUAUGUUUUGGGAAUGUGGCCCUCUUUCCUUUAAUAGCAUAUCAAUUCACUAGGCUGUACGUACACCUCUCGUGACGCACUUGACCUUCCUAGGCUCUUGUAUCCCACCAAGGCUUUCUCGUUCAUUAGGCGCUGCUAAAAGCACCAUCGAAAGCAUUUGGCCUCUACCAGCAUGACGACGACCUCGUAUCCGGGAUGCCACUGCGAAGGCUUCCAACACUUCCUCGACUUACCCCGUGAACUCCGCGACAAAGUCUAUUUCUUCGCAAUGGCAGAUAUGCCAACGCGACUCGCCAUAAACAAGCGGUCCACUAUUUCAAAAGUAGUCCUGUUACCACACGCCCUG